GAAGGCGUCUAAUAAAUUGCUGGCUGUAAAAAACUUACUCGUGUCUGAACGUUCCAAUUCAUCAAUGCUCUCAAUUUCCUUCAUCGUUUCUGAUUUUCUUGAUGCUAAAGCCAUAUGCUUCACAUCAUCUUCUUGAUAUCAGAUUUCGUUUCUCUACCCUUGAUUCCCAAUUUUUUGUGUUUUUCUCCGAGCAACUGUUUGCUCACACAAACCAAACAGCUAGAGUUCAGUGUGGGGUUGUUGGAUGCUCAUACUAUAUGGCAGAACAAAUUGUAUGCUUUGUGAUCGAAAAGUUAAUUAAACUACUCAUCACCACAGAAGCAAACCUUUCAAGAGACGUAUGCAAAGAAGUUGGUUUCAUCAAAGAUGAGCUAGAGAGCAUCCGAUUAUUCCUCAAGGACGCAGAUGCUAAGGCGGCAGAAGAUGGAGAGACGACAAAUGACAGUGUCAAAACUUGGGUCAACCAAGUAAGAGAAGCAGCUUUUUACAUUGAAGAUGUCAUUGAUGAAUAUUUGCUUCGUGUCACAAGGCACCUUCAAGAUCGUGGAUUUAUUCCGCUUUUCCACAAAAUUAUCCGGUUGGUAAAAAAAAUGAGAUCACAGGAUGGGAUAGUUUCGAAAGUUGACCGUAUGAAAGAAUUGGUUCGUGGUAUUCAGGAAAGAAGACAAAGAUACGAACUCAGUUCCAUUGACCGGCAAGGUCGAGAUAAUGGCGAAAAGACUCUUCUGUGGUAUGACCCUCGAGUGGCUUCCCUUUUCAUUGAGGAGGCUGAAGUGGUGGGGAUUGAAUCUGCCAGAAAAGAGCUAACUGAUUUGUUGGUCGGAGGAGCGCCGAGACGCGAAGUGAUAUCUGUGGUUGGCAUGGGAGGACUUGGGAAGACAACUCUUGCCAGGAAAGUUUAUGAUAGUCUGACGGUGAUGGACCACUUUAAAUGCUACGCUUGGAUUACGGUGUCCCAGUCGUAUAGGGUGGAGGAUCUUCUGAGGACGGUAGUCAAAAUGUUCUACAAUUCAAGAAAGGAGAACUUCCCAGAGGACAUUGACACAACGGACGAGGAGUCCCUGAUCAGAAAAUCAAGAGAGUAUUUGCAGCAAAAGAGGUACGUUGUUGUGUUUGAUGAUGUGUGGAAAGUAAAGUUUUGGGAGGCUAUAGAACAUGCAUUACCGGAUAAUAAAGGCGGCCGAAUAAUGAUUACUACAAGGAUUCAAGAAGUUGCGGAUUUUUGCAAAAAAUCUUGUUUCGUUCAUGUCCAUCACUUGCAACCUCUGCCUCCGAAGAAUGCAUGGAAAUUGUUUUGUAGAAAGGCAUUCCAGUUUGAAUUGGAGGGAAAUUGCCCUCUAGAGUUAGAAGAUAUGUCACGGGAAAUCGUUAAGAAGUGCGAGGGGCUACCUUUGGCAAUUGUUUGCAUAGGUGGUCUGCUGUCAACGAAAGUUAAAGUGGUGUCUGAAUGGCAGAAGUUAUACAAUAGCUUAAGUUCAGAGUUGAAAAGCAAUCCUCAUCUUACAGGCCUCACAAGAAUCCUAUCCCUCAGCUAUGAGCAUCUACCAUAUUACCUCAAAUCGUGUGUCUUAUACUUUGGCAUCUUUCCAGAGGACUACUCAAUUAAUUGCGUAAGAUUGAUACGGUUGUGGAUUGCUGAAGGGUUUGUAAAAUUGAAGAAGGGCAAGACACUGGAAGAGGUUGGAGAGGAAUAUUUGACUGAGGUAAUUCACAGAAGCCUGGUUCAAGUGUCAGAAGUUUACAUUGAUGGAAAAGCUCGAAGUUGUAGAGUUCAUGAUAUUUUGCGCGAAGUGCUCCUUAAAAAGGGUGUGGAUUCAAGCUUCUGUCAUAUUUUAUCAGAAUUUGAGUUGACUUAUAAACCAACAAUUCGACGUCUCUCAAUCGACAACAGCCCCUCUGAUGCCUCGGGAAUCAUUACACAGUCUCAAAUUCGUUCUGUAUUUGCUUUCAACCAAGAAGAAUGGCCCGAGUCUUAUCUCAAUACAUUGAGGGGAAACUUUAAACUUCUGAAAGUAUUGGAUUUCAUGGAUGCUCCAAUCAAUCAACUUCCAAAAUAUGUGGGGGAUUUGUAUCUCUUGACGUACUUAAGCCUGAGGAAUACAAAGGUGGAGUUGCUUCCAGACUCCAUAGGCAAUCUGCAAAACUUAGAAACCCUGGAUCUAAAACAAUCUUUGGUGUCUGAAAUACCAGCCAAGAUCAAUAAGCUUGUUAAGCUGCGGCAUCUUUUGGCCUACUAUCGUGACUACAGCUUGGCGUUUUGGUCGAAUAUGGAAAGAGGAGUGAAGAUACAUGAAGGUAUUGGAUGCUUACAAGCUUUGCAAAAACUGUACUUUGUGGAGGCGAAUCAUGGAGGGAUCAAACUAAUCAAAGAACUGGGACAGUUAAGGCAGUUGCGGAAGUUAGGCCUAACAAAGUUAAAACGUGAAGAUGGAAAGGCUCUUUGUGCUUGUAUUGAAAAGAUAAAUCACCUUGAAACUCUAGAAUUAACUGCAAUAAGUGAAGAUGAAGUCCUUGAUUUAGAAUCCAUUUCAACUCCACCACAAUUUAUUCGGAAACUGAUCUUGUACGGGCGUUUAGAGCAGUUGCCAAGCUGGAUUUCAAAUCUUCAACAUCUCGUCGCAUUGGUGAUUUAUUGGUCAAGGUUGAGAGAUUUCCCAUUGAAAGCCCUUCAAAAUCUACCUAAUCUGUUGGAUCUUGGUUUGGGACAAAUGGGACAUGAAGGCAUGCGGCUGCAUUUUGAGGAAGGAGGAUUUCAGAAACUUAGGAAGCUCCGACUCAGGGAAGUGGAGGGACUAAAUUCAUUGAUCAUAGACAAUGGGGUUAUGCCUAUUCUCCAAGAGUUUCACAUUGGACCUAGCCCACAACUGAAGGAUGUGCCAUCCGGCAUCUGCCGCCUUCGAAAUCUGAGAGAUCUUAGGUUUUAUGACAUGACGAAGGAGUUUGCACGACAAAUGGAUCCAAAUAAUGGCCCACAUUAUUGGAUUGUUAAACAUAUACGACAUGUUGAUUUUAUUUACAACUAUGUCCCGAGAUAUGGCGAAUAUGAAACCCACUCCCUGUAUGAUUCCGACUUUUCAUUUUGGUCGAAUGUUUAAAGACUACA